AUGGUGGCCAUGAACGAUGCUCCUUCUGCUUUGCGGAUUGGGCGCAAACCAGUUGGGAGUAGUAACACCAGCAACGCCAAUAACUGGAAUUGCCAACCAUCAGGACAGAGCAUCCCAAUAGGUCACUACAUCAGUUACGGCGUCUCAGAACAACCACCUCCAUAUGAGCAAUUCCCGAUCCAGAGCUAUCAGAAUGCUUCUCCGUCUUACCGACCGCAAACCUCCCACGGCGCCUACGGGCCCGAUGAGAAGCCGCCCCCACUCCCGACCCGGCCCCGGGUUGCUGGAGAUAGCCUCCGACCGGGCACCGCCCAUAGCACGACCAGUUCUUUAAGGCCGAGCAUAGCUCAAGGCGCUGUACAUACAAUGAGACCGGGAACUGCCCAUAGCAUGACGCCCUCGAUGAGGCCCAGCUCCAGGGGCGAAGGCUAUCUCCAGCAGCAGCAGUUUCAUAUCCCCCCGCCACCUCCAAGCCCAAACCAUCAACUCCGACCACAGCAGAGCCUCCCUAACCUUAGCCAAGCAGCGAACUGCCCUCAAGGACAAUUCCAUCGACCGCCAGUAGCUUCAGCAGCUACCUUCGGACCAGGCGUCACUCCUGCGCCAAACAGCAACACCAACACUGGCAACGGGAAAGGCUUCCUCCAAAAUGCCCUCUCCGAAGCAAAGCACUUCGCCGGCGGGCUCAUCCCCCAUCCCAUGGAGUCAACCAAGCACUACACCAUCCUACGACAUUCUCCUCCCCUUAUCAUGUAUCGCGGCCCGAAGACCUCCGUGGCGAUCACUAUCUUUAGCUCGCCGGACCAUCCCCUUCCCGCAGACCGCAAGCUCUGGCUUCAGCAGAGGGGUUUCACGGGAGAUAGCGGGAUGAAGGUAAAAUCGUGGUUUAACUUGACAGAUGACUGGCUCCACGUUACACCUUCGACGCAGAUCGCGGUAAACCAGGUCCCUGCGGAGACGGAGAGGGCAUGGAAUAGGGAUAUCGAGAAGGCAGCGCACAAGUUAUUGAAGGAGAAAGGGAAGAAGAAGGCGCAUGUGCCCAGGGAGACACACAUGAUCAGGAUCCCAGAGGCCGCGGAGGAUGGGUAUUUCAGGGUUGUUCUUUGCACGAAGGGGGAUAAUCCUUAUGAUCCGGAGGGAGCGAAGAAGGGGAAGGUGUUGUGCACAAGUCCGGUGUUUCGCAUUGCGAGUACGUCGAUGGACUCGAGUGUUUUUCGUGGGGCGCCUUUGAAGGCUCUGCCGCUUGAAGUUGGCGUGUUUGCGGCGUCUAUGGUCGCCAGCUCGACGAUUGACAGGUUCACAUCCCCUGUUAAAGAACCCGUGCAGGCAGUGAUUGACCGAGUGAGGCCUGGGUUCGUGGCAGAAACUGUUGGAGGGCUGGUGCGCGAUGAGCUGAGCGACAUGAAAGAGGAGAAAGAAAUAGAGGAGUACAUGACCUGGCAGACGGCGCAUCAAGAACACAUCAACCGAUCACUCGAGCGCGAUCCUCAAUCUGUCGAGCCCAUCGGCCCAGACACAGGACCGGAAUACCCUUUCCCGAUCAAGUUCCACGGUAAGGUCGUCCGGGGAACAGGACGGAGCACAGCCGAGCUGGGGAUCCCGACCGCCAACCUGUCCAACAUCCCCGAAGAAAUCCAAUACCGACUGAGGGGGAUCUACUUUGGCUGGGUAAAGAUCGAAGGCUACAGCAAUCCUCAACAUCAAGUCUGGCACGAAGCCAUCAUCACCGUCACCCCUUGCCCACACGCUAAACCAUCUGUCCUCCCCAAGCCCCUCGUCGCAGUGCACAUCAUCCAACCCCCAAUUCCAAAAGGGGACAGCUUGGUCGGCACAACAUUGACCACGAUCCUAAUGGGCGUCCUCCGCCCCGCCCCUUCACCAGCCGAAGCCCUUCACCAAACGCGCGAACAAAAGCUCGACCAGGCAUCACAAGACGUCUGUCUAACGCUCAUUAGCCUAGGCGGGCCAGGCCGACAACGGGGCUGGACAGCAGAGGCGGCGAUGUGGCGGCUGCAAGAGCUGAAGAGGGAGAUGGGGUACGUCGAUCGAGCAGAGAGGAAGAUGGAUAAGAUUGGCAGGAAGAUACCCAUUCCCACGGUGCCGCUGCAUAAGGUAGGGGUUAGAGACGAUGAUGGGGCGGAAAGGGAUCGGUUGUUGGGGACGGGGGGGUAUUGGGUUAAGAGAGGUUGA